AUGGACUUUCAGGAAACUAUACAAGAACUCAUCGAAUGUCUACAACUGAAUCUUUUCUAUGAGAAUUUUACAAAAGAUCAAAUUGAUCCGUAUUUACUCAAUUGUUUACAGUCCGCUCGAGAUUUAUUAGCGAAAAAUGCCGAACCAAUUGAGAAAAUAAAGCUCUAUUUAAAAAUCGUUCUUGAAUACUCAUGGGAGAAACUCAAUACAGGCAUUUGGCAGAACGUCAAGCCAGCCUAUCGAUAUCUGUAUGCAUACGCGUGUUACAUCGAUGUUCUUGCUGAUUGUAGGACAAUAAUUGGUACUAAUUGUCAAGUUAAGUAG